UUGAAACAGGCGUCAAGAGGCCCUCUACACAAGGCUGCGGUCAGUGGACAAUACGAGCUGGUUAAAAUGCUUCUUGGAAGUGGUGAAGAUGUGGAUCAAAGAGAUCAGGUUUUAGUCUCGGCCAAUCUAUGUAAAUCUGAUGCUUACUGAUUCUUACAUUCCUUUCUUGCUUUAGUAGAUUACUAGCAGAAGGUUGUGUUUGGGCUUUGCUCCAGCAUUACAUGCUUUGCUUUCAAGAACCAACACAGCAUUCUGAUUGGCCGGUAUUGACAGGCGUGAUUGACAGACAGCAAAUUUUUGUUUCUUGAAAAUAUCUAUAAGUCGUAGCUGUUCAUCAGUAGACUGCCUAAGUUAUGUUCACACUAUACCUCUUUACCUCUCUGCCCCGGCCCGGGGCAGAGAGAGUUUGGUGUACUAAAUUCUUUUCCUUACUCCUUAAAAUUUACUUCUAUCUCUGGGUUCCAGUACUCGCUCCUACUUAUUUAUUUCCGCGACGGUCCCAAAAGGUGUUCACACUGCAAGAUUGACACAAAACGUAUCCCGUAUGUGACAUUCCACUUUUGAGAUCGGCGCGGCAUAGUUUCGCUUCGUCACAGAAAUCGCUCUGCCACAAUCGUUCUUGUUUAUGAACAGAAGCCCUAUCCGGUAAGAUUUUGGUCGCGGCGUAAAGGCCAUCUUAGUAUAGCAUUGGAUCGCUUUUUUUCAGUCUUAUCUAACUGCGUUAUUCCUCCUGUUUUCUAUAGUUUUCUUUGACUCCUCUUCAUCUUGCCUGUUGGUAUGGAAAGGAAUCUGUUGUCAAACUGUUAUUGACAUACGGAGCGAACGUCAACGCUAAAGACAGCGUAAGUCUGGGGGGUGGGGCAAGGGAAGUUCUUGUUUUUCGAGUACUAUUUAUUCACAUACGAAUCUCUCUGAGAUGUUAACCGUGUUAAUGUAUUCAAUUUUUGGACUUUUAAAGUGCCUAUCACCCGUAUUCAGUUAUAUUAAAGGGACAGGUUCACGGUUCAAAAAUAAAACCUUCGGGUCAACAAUAAAUUUAGCGUUGGUAGUGUUGGCAUAAUCCACUAAUUUUUUCUGCGAUUUUAGUACUCCUCCAUCCUACUUCAGGUUAUACAAUUCUACUUUGAAAUACACUCUGAGAUCGCUGAGAUACAUGUGAGUGGGAUUAUUAACCGAUAGAAUUGAUAAUAAAUUGGAAAGAAGUAAUUUAAUUAAUGAGCAUGCGCUUAACCGUGUACCUGUCCCUUUACGUUUCGAACAUUUGUGUAGUUUAAAGAAUUUUUGCGAAGAAGUAAAAGUUGUUUUGCGUUUCAACACAGUUUUAUCGAAGGACGAAAUCGGCAAUUGGAAGCUAAUUUCCCGCCAUAUUUAUUCAAAAAGUAGUGAUUGAGAGACCUGGCACUAAAUGCUUGUGACGUCAACCCGGUAUCUUGUAGCCAAUAGACCAAUUCGGCUAACUCAAUGUUGUACCCAAUUCAAACCCUUUGGGGUUAAAACGUUUUGUUUCAGGAAUUUCCAUAUCAUUUAAAUGUGAAUGCCAUAUUAUAAUGCAAAUACAAUACACAAAGAAUCUUAACACCGGGAGAUUUGAAUUGAGUACAACAUUGAGUUAGCCGAAUAGGUCUAUCAUGUUAUCGCCGAGACACCGGGUUGACAUCCCAGGCAACUAGGCCCAGUCCCCCAUAAGGCGCUUUUAUUUACUUCGUGAACCGGGAUUUUGAUCGCCUGUUAAAAAUCGAGAUUAAGCUCAAAUCCCAUUCUAUUGCUUGUUUUUGCAUGUUGGACAUGUAAAUACUACAACACUAUAUGUUAUACUACCUUAUGUGGACAUAUCGGUAGUUAGACUAUUUUUCUUGUUGAGAAAUAGCAUGUACAUGUUACUCAUUUUACUCUGCUUGUGACGUUUUUAGUUUCAACGAACCCCUCUGCAAAAAGCUGAGCGUCAAAACCACCACUCCAUAAUGCAGUUGCUAUUAAAGAAUGGUGCCAGGCCAAGUUUUCGUCAACCAGUAAGAUAUCAGAUUGUAUGUCCUACUCGCGAAGCGUUGUCUCUCAGAUGAAAUCGCUUACAUUUCUUGUAUUCUAUUUCGAUAAUGUUUAACGUUACCGUAGGACCUAUACAUUGUCGUAUAAGCUUUUAUUCAAGCUUUUUACACGAAGACCUUAUAUUUGUUCUUCUGUACACGAACAUUAUAUAUGUUUUCUCAGUUACGCCCACCCGUAGAUCAAGAGACAACAAAAACGUCAAAAUUGGUUGGGAGGGUGGAGGUGAGAUCCACAAAGUCUUGUUUUCCAGGCCAGGACUUUUUAACAUCUGUCGAAAGGCCCUUGGACACCUUAUGAAGUUUACACAACGUAGUAUUCCUUAUCAUUUUGCAGAUUAGGGUUAGGCACUGCCUUUACUGAUAAGGGUUAAGCACUUCCUUUCCUGAUUAGGGUUAAGCAAUGUUUCGAAACUGGUUACGUUCUUUUGUUGGGUUGGGGUUGAUGCUAUGUGUACUUUAAUUAUUUCCCUACCAUCCAACAAAUCGUCAGUGGUUUAGUGGUCUAGUGGUAAGUGGAUGGAUAGUGAGGUGUAGUGGCAAUUUAGGUCAUGGGUUCGGAUCCUCUUGUCCUUCACAUCAGUUUUUUUUCUUUUAAAUUGAAGAGACUUGCACUUUCAUAAAUGAUUUUCAGCUUGAAAUAUCAUCUAAGUGUGGUAUAAAAGCAGAAAACAGUUCUACCUUGUGUAAAAAUCAUAAGGGGAGAAAGGGCCUUUCAACGGAUGUUAACGAGUGCUGACCUGUUUACCAACCUUUUUCCCUAUCUGACGGUUUCAAAAUUCUCACGUGAUAUUUGUCGCCCGUUGGAACCCUUUUCAUACUUUUGGUCUUCAAUGAUUAUCAUUACUGUCAAACUCAGAAAAGCAUGAACGUUGAAAAUGUUCAUCGUCUUAUGAUCAAUCCCACUGGAGAUAAGGAAAAAGGAGUUAGCGAGCAGCAAACCAAAAUAUGAAUACCUUUUCUGCUUGCAGCUUACUUCUCCCACACUUCUUUGGCUUCUUCCCUCGACACAUAACAUUCCAGAAAUAUUUUUGGUGUUGAACUUGAUAGAAUAAAAUUUGUGUAACGCGCACGUCUCUUCAUAAAUAUUAUCACGUUUGCGAUUUGUGAAUUUGAUCGUAGUCAGAAUUAUUAACAAAAUGGUGCGAAAAACUCUUAUUCCUAUUUUUAGUGGUCUUCCCUUAUGUUACUAAUGACGCCAUAUAUAUUUUAACCAUAGCAACCAACCACCAUCACAUGUUGUGUUAAAUGUGUCCAUUUGCAAUGAGAAUACAGCGAAACCCUGUUAAUCUAUUGUCUGCAAAAUUAAGUGCCACAUGAAUUUCCUCUUUAAUAUUUUCGCUCAGAAACAUGUUCAUUUUCAUCAUAGGUCUGUCUAAAGAAACUCACAAGAAAAGCUUUCUUGCAAGUGGAUGAACGAUCUGGAUUUAAUCUGCUCCAGGCGACUGUCUUUGAGGAAAAAUACAACAUUGUUUUAAAAGCUGGUGGCCUUUUUGACAACUUUGUGCAAGAAAUGGAACUUACAAAAACAGGAAAUAACGCCAAAACAUUUUCUGGCAAAACGGCAGUUGACUUAUUGUCACUUAGAAAGAGAACAAACCCAUUUAAUGUUGAUAUCAAAAGGAUUUAUGAAAAGUUGGCUGAGGACAAGAGCGGACUCACUGAGCUGCAGUGGGGUUCAUGCAAUGAUGAUGUGGAACGGGCAGUUGAACUUGUAUUAAAUGACGGUGUAGAUAUUAAUGCCUCAGGAUCAGACAGUGGUUACCCAGCUUUGCUGCAGGCCAGUCGUUCAUCCUCAAGUCAGUUUAUUGAGACCCUCAUUGAUCUUGGGGCCGACGUUAAUGCCCAAUUGAGAGAAAGCAAAGAAACUCCACUAAUGUUAGCAGCUGACUGGAACAACUACGUGGCAGCAAGCUUAAUUGUAAGGCAUGGAGCUGAUGUAAAUGUACAGAUUAGUAAUGGGCUCACGCCACUGCACGUUUCGGUCCAAAAAAAUCACGAAAACGUGGUCCGAUUGUUACUUAAACACAACGCAAAUGUUAAUAUUCAAAAUACUAAUGGAUAUACACCCUUGCACUGGUGUGCCUUAAAAGGUAACGAAAACAUCUGUAGAUUGUUACUUGAACACAAAGCGGAUGUAAAUAUUCAAGAUAAUCGUGGAUAUACACCCUUGCACUGGUUUGCCUUAAAGGGAAAUGAAAACCUUUGUAGAUUGUUACUUGGACACAACGCGGGUGUGAAUAUUCAAGAUAAUGAUGGAUAUACACCCUUGCACCGGUGUGCCUUAAAAGCUAACGAAAACAUCUGUAGAUUGUUGCUUGAACACAACGCAGCAGUAAAUAUUCAAGAUACAUGGGGAUAUACACCCUUGCACGAUUGUGCCUUAGAGCAUAACGAAAACAUCUGUAGAUUGUUACUUGAACACAACGCGGAUGUGAAUAUUCAAGAUAAUGAUGGAUAUACACCCUUGCACCGGUGUGCCUUAAAAGCUAACGAAAACAUCUGUAGAUUGUUGCUUGAACACAACGCAGCAGUAAAUAUUCAAGAUACAUGGGGAUACACACCCUUGCACGAUUGUGCCUUAGAGCAUAACGAAAACAUCUGUAGAUUGUUACUUGAACACAACGCGGAUGUGAAUGUUCAAGAUAAUGAUGGAUAUACACCCUUGCACCGGUGUGCCUUAAAAGCUAACGAAAACAUCUGUAGAUUGUUGCUUGAACACAACGCAGCAGUAAAUAUUCAAGAUACAUGGGGAUACACACCCUUGCACGAUUGUGCCUUAGAGGAUAACGAAAACAUCUGUAGAUUGUUACUUGAACACAAAGCGGAUGUAAAUAUUCAAGAUGAAGAUGGAUAUACACCCUUGCACCGGUGUGUCAGAAAGGGGAACGAGAACAUCUGUAGAUUGUUACUUGAACUCAGCGCAGAAGUAAAUCUUCAAGAUAGAUGGGGAUAUACACCCUUGCACGAUUGUGCCUUUGAGGGUAACGAAAACUUCUGUAGAUUGUUACUUGAACGCAACGCGAAUGUAAAUAUUCAAGAUAAUUUUGGAUAUACACCCUUGCACCUGUCAGCUCUUAACAGCGAUUGCAGUAAGAUAAUCGAUCUUCUAGUGAUGUAUGGGCCGCAAAGUGUAAACAUCUGUGAUGCAGAAGGCUUAACUCCUCUUCAAACGGCAGAGAGACAUGGUAACGCACAAGCUGUGAAGAUGCUCGUUGACCUAGGUGCUGAUGUUAGUGCGGUUAAAGCUGAU